AUGCAGGGUCUAUUGGACGAUUUGAAAGUUGAUCAGCAGUCUCUGAUGGCGUUAUGUGACAAUCAGAGUGCAAUAUUCUUGAACACAAAUCCAGUUCAUCAUACUUAUACCAAGCACCUUGAUGUGAGGUACCGUUUUGUUCAGGACUUGAUUGAUGAUAACAAGGUUCUGUUGAAGAAGAUAGAAAUAAACAAUAAUCCAGUGGUGAUGCUCAUUAAGGUUCUUGAAGAAGAGGAAGAGAAAGAAAAGGAGGUGAAAUUGAAACCCAAGACCGGAAUCAACGCCAUGCUCGCAUUCCCCUCUCCUCCCUUUCCUUCUCCUCCGACGCCACCACAGCCACCUCCCUCGCCUCCAUCGCCACCAUCGCCGGCGAGCUCUGUCUCUGGCGAUGGGCAUUCCAGUGCUCCGAGCCUAAUCAUCAUCGUCGGCAUUAUAGCCAUCGUCAUCACCGCCUCCGCUUCCAUCCAUCUCUUCCUCCGUCUGAUCUCCCGUUCCAGAUCGUCUUCCUCCGCUUCGUCUUCCUCAUCUUCCUCCCCUCCAUCUCCCAUCCCUCUUCUCCUUUCCGUCGCAGGUAAUGAUUCCGAACCACCGUUGCCGGCUAACGAUCGAGAUCAGUUAAUCUCAUCUCUCCCUAUCUUUACUUUCGCAUCAUCCUUCUCCGCCUACCAGAAACCCCAAUCACUGGACUGCGCGGUUUGCCUCUCCAACUUCCGCCCUCACGACGAACUUCGCUUCCUCCCAGCAUGCCGCCACGCCUUCCACUCCCAAUGCGUCGACACCUGGCUCCGAUCCACGCCAUCCUGUCCUCUAUGCCGCGCGUCCAUCCGUCUCCCUCCGGCGGCGGUAGGGGCUGCGCCGCCGGCGGCGGCCUCCGAUCCUUCCAGAUCUGGAAGCUUCCGAGUUGAACUCGGCAGUGUAAGCCGCCGGAGGCCGUCGGCAGAUGGGAUCCCCAGCGGCCAUGGACGAUCGUACUCUUUGGGUUCUUCUUUCGACUAUUUGGUGGACGAGGAGGUGGAAGCGGUUGUGGAGCGCCUGAGGAGGGCACCGGUGGGCAAACCAGAGAACGGCAUUGAAGUUAUUGGAGCGCCGCCGCCGCCGGGAUCCGAGGUCGCUGAGAACGCCGGAAAUGGGGGGCGUGGUUGGCUUAGGGAUUGCGUCGAUCGGCUCACUUCCUCGGCAUCUUCUUCCUUCAAUUCCUUGAGAUUCUCUGGGAGAAUCGGCAGCCAUCAUUUCGAUCCAUCUCCGGGCAUCGUCGCCGGCAAUGUCGACCGUAGUUGGGAUUUGGAGGCAAGUGGUUUUGUGGAGUGGGAGGAGGAAAGUGGGUUUGGGAUGCUCUACAGAUGGCUGGUAGGGGUAUAAUGGUAAUUUCGUAUACAUAUUCUCCAUAGGACUAACGCUUAAGAAGCUUCUUUGUGGAUAAACUGAAUAGAGCUUGGCGAGGGGUCCGAUUUAUUUUUCUUGCUGUUUUUACCGAAUUGGUGGGUUAUUGAUGGUAUGACACAGCCAAAACAUCAAAUGAACUCCAAAACCUGAGUGUAUUCGAUAUCAAGGAUAUGAAUUCUUUCCUUUUAUUUGUAGUUGUAUAGUAUGAUAUUGGUCAUUCAUUUUAUUUUUAGGUAUCUGAACUUAA